GCCAGGAUGAUGACAGCAAGAAAGUGCUGGUGAUGAGCUACCCCCAGUACUGUCGUUACCGCUCGGUCCUGGCCCGGCUCAGAGAGCAGCCGUCUGCCCUGCUGACGGACCACACCGUGCUGGCUUUGGGCGGCAUCGCCUCCCAACACGACACCACACGCAUCCUCUACUGCAGGGACACCUUCGAACACCCCACCCUGCUGCAGAAUGAGAGUGUCUGCGAAGAGUUCGCCCCUAACCUGAAGGGUCGGCCACGGAAGAAGAAACUGUCAGUGUCCCAGCGAAGGGACUCCCAGGGCCACAGUCAGGCGCCUCAGGGACCCCAAGAACCCAGCACCCCAGAGAACAAGUCUCACACCAAGAUAAAACCUAACUGCAAGUUGACGGUUCCCACCAGAGGCACAAUGGCCAAACCCAGGAUCUGUAAACAGGCAUCUGUGGAGGAGAAGGUGGAGAGGGAGAAGAAGGAGGAGAAAGAAGAGGACGAAGAAUCAUCAAAGGAGAGUCGUGCAGACGAGCAGGCCUUCCUAGUAGCCCUAUACAAGUACAUGAAAGACAGGGACACACCUAUCGAUAGGAUCCCCUUCCUGGGAUUUAAGCAGAUUAACCUUUGGACUAUGUUUCAAGCUGCUCAGAAACUCGGAGGAUAUGAGUUGAUCACAGUUCGCAGACAGUGGAAAAAUGUAUAUGAUGAGCUGGGUGGAAACCCAGGGAGCACAAGUGCCGCCACAUGCACACGAAGACACUACGAGAGGCUCCUCCUACCCUAUGAGAGGUACACCAAAGGAGAGAAGGACAAACCCCUCCCCUCAGCCAAACCCAAAAAACAGGAGCAUGAGGCCCAAGAGGGGGGUGCCAAACCCAAAGGGGUCACAGCGAAACGACCUAAAGGUGGACUAAACCAGAGACAGGUGGCCAGGAAGGAGAGAGAGAGCGACGACGCAGCAAAAAGCCAGGAGCUCUCACAGGUAUCUGAGGAGAAAGAGGAGAACCAGGAGCCUGCAGUGAUGAAGCAGGAUCCUCUUUCCAGAAAUGAGCCUGAAGAAGAGUUACAACACACCCUGAAGAAAGAGGAGACAUUGAGCCAGGAGGAAGUGUCCUGCCUGAAUCCCCCCAACACAGACUGCCACCGAGCCACACCUGUGCUCCACAGUGAUCUGUGUCCACAGCCCGAGUGGAGACAUCCCAGCCAGCCACAAUCAGACACAUUCAACCCUGAGCAAAGGGACCAAGCCGAUGGAACCCUCUCUAAGACCCCAUAUCCACACAACUGGGACAACCAGAACAGUAAGCCUAGGUAUAGCAGUCUAGCUGACCCAAGCACACCUGACACGCCGGUAGCUAAAGACACAGACAGUCACAGUUAUGGACAUGGUGGGAGGGUGGGUAAGGUGUUGCCCAUGUGUAAGCAGAGCCCACCCCCACUGCAGCUAUACUCUACAGAGCCACUCACAGACAAACAGGACUCCCCCAGUAAAAACAAAGAGAUAAAUCAGUGUCACGUGUACACGCCAACAGCAUACUCCAAGGACAACCUGGGGGUCAUGUCCCCACUAGCCAAGAAGAAGCUCCUCUCCCAAGUCUGUGAGACAAGUCAUUACUCAUUCAGUUCCCCUCAUCUUCCUACUCCCACUCCAUCAGUCAGUGGGGGUGAUGUAAGCGACAGCUGCGUAGAGGAGGUAGUGAAACUGAGGCAGGGCUCCAUCCCGGACAGCCCAGAGAUGGCUACUGUCUUCAGGCCUUCUGUCAUCCAGCAUGCCCAAAGCGUCAAACCCCAGCAAGAGAGGAGUCCUCUGGGGGAUCUGUCUGAGCCUUUCACUUGCAGAGUGAGCCACUUCCAGCCCCGGCUCAACCCACCCUGGCACCCCUACCUCCACAGGACUGAGCACCAGGAUGGAGUGGAGAAUGCAGGAGAGACACGGAUGCAGCAGCAUCCCAGUCAGGCACCACCAGGCUUUGCAGGCGACUGCUACUCCUCCCCUCACCUACACAACCUCUACCGGCAGACAGAGAACUGUCUGAGCCAAGAGCGAAUGGCCAAUUAUCCCAACAGAGACAAACAGGGACAUUUUAUUGUGGAAUGUCAGAGCAGCGAGGGCUUCAGCUUAAACAAUCCUGACAGAGAAGGGUUGGCUUACAGAGCUCCCCACUUCUCUGAGAGGACACAAACACAUGGGGAUAGACCAUUGGACGAGGAACCCCGAGAUUUCAGUAUUUCCAAGCCUGUCACUCAAAGAAUGUCUUUCACAAAGCCCUCUUUCUGUGGCCUCCCAUAUCCCAUGAUGCAUCAGAGUUUAGACUAUCACCCCAAAGCAUGCAGAGUCCUCCCCAUGACUAUAUCUACCCCCAAACAAAGCCCAGACCCCCCUCAGCCCUUCUUCAACCCUAAAAGCCACGCUGAGACUGGCAGUGCCUCCAGACCCAGUAAGAGAAGCCUGGGGGAACUAGAGAACGAGGGGGUGCCAGACCGCAAGGUGCGAGUGGUGACCCCCAUGCACCCCGCCGGCUCUGUCCGCAGGGGCGACCCACAGGGGGAGGAGCUCAAACCAGCUGAACCGGCGCAUGCCAUCCACCUCCACAUUCCUGAUGGCCACACCUACCCUCCCCACACACCCUUCUACCCAGGGAUGUACCCCGGGAUGCAGGAUGCCCUCCAUCACAACCUCCAGUACCUGAAGAGCCAGACAGCUGUGUCCCCCCUGGUCCCUCCACUAGCCUUCCACUCCAUGAUGCUACAGAGGCAGCUGAUGGCCUCACAGCCCAGCCCUCAUCACUUCUACAGGCACCCUGGGGGGGCGGCCCUGUACGGGGACCUCCUGCACCACCUGUACCCCCUGUCCACCCUUACCCACCCACAGCUGUCCUCCAUGCACCCCAGCACCAGACUCUAACAGACAAACCCACAUGGAGCUUAACUGUCUACCUGGGACAGUGGAUCUAGUGUUCUAUUAUUCAGUAAGCAUGACAACACUGGUUAACUGUAGCUGGUGGAUUUAGUCAGGCACACAGUUACAUUUUUUUGUAUUUUUUGUUUGUUUUUGCACUGUGCUGUAUCACCACUUAAGUUACCUUGUCUCAAUUUGCACUCUGUAGUGUUUGUGUUCACCAACCAGGUCCUUUCUCUCGCUCAACAGUCAGGUUCUUACUAUCUUUAAGUGUGGAGGGACAGGAGACAGAGAAAAGCCAUUGGCAUGCAUGUCAGGGGAUAAUCAGAUUUGCUGGGUCUCCAAAGGGAUGGACUACAUCACUGCAAUGCAACAACCUCAUCCUCCAAAUGUGUUCUGGGGAUUUUAUCAGGUUGAAACACUAAAAAAAACAUGAGGGGCCUAUCUAAAAUAGACUCUUUACGAAAAGUUUGCCAUUGGAAAAGUUAAUGCAGCUGUUAAGCAUUAGGCUACUCCACCUUCAAUCAAGUUUUUAAUAUCUUUUUAGAGCUCUCUAGUGUGGUGCUUUGGCCUGUUUCUGUUCAUGUAUAAGUCAACUACACCUGUAUUCUUAGGAAUUACUGUGUUAAACCACGGUGCUGUACAAAACCACAAGGCCCUGAGGUAUUGUAUGUACAGUACCAGUCCAAAAUGUGGAUACAACUACUCAUUCCAGGGUUUUUCUUUAUUUUUACUAUUUUCUACAUUGUAGAAUAAUAGUGAAGAUAUCAAAACUGUGAAAUAA